UCGGCUUUUUGUCCGUUUGCAGAGCGUAUCCGUCUCGAAACAAGUACAUUUUUUUCAGCUGUCAUGUAUGAAUUAAGCGGACCAAAAAUUCGUUUAUUGUGACCGUGGAAGAAGUUUCAAAGUUCAGAUUAUAUUUACUUGCGUUUUAAUCGGCAACGUUGUUUUCACCGAGGACACGUAACAGACACCAACGCUAGCGAGAAAGUUACGUUAACGUAUCUCCCCGGGUCCGUCCUUUAACGAGGGGGCAACUCUGCCUUUCCUAACUAGAACAGUCUGUUCUUGUUCGAUUUAACCAUGGACGCGGUUGUAAACUUCACAAACCAAAGUCAAGGAAGGGACCGUAUAUUCAGGGCAACCCAAUAUGCAUGUGCACUGUCGAUAUAUUUACUACGAAACACACCGGAAAGAAAGGACCUUGUGGCGAAACUCACAAGUCUGGAAGCCCACAUGAGUGCUGGACGAAAAUUGUUCAGGCUGGGAAACACAGUAAAUUCCAUUGAGGCUGCUAAGCGAACCUUGCAACUCUCUGACCGAGUGCUGUGCCUGUGCCUUACUGUGGCCAACAUCAACCGCGCCCUCUACUUUAUCUGUGACAAUGUACUUUGGGCCAGAAGUGUCGGCCUUAUCCGCGAUAUCGACAAGGAACGCUGGAGCCUAAACGCCUCUCGCUGCUACUUCCUCUCACUAGUUAUGAGCCUGACCAGAGAUGUUUACGUAGUCAUCCAGUUAAUGGUCCAGAAAGUGAGAGAUAAACACUUUAGACAGAAAAUAGAUCAGCACCUCAGCGAGAAUCCUGAAGUAGCUGAAGUUGUCAUUCCUCAGCUGGAUGCUUUUCUCUUUCUGCUGUUGAAGACCCUAAAAUCACAUCCGGCUGUUGCCUAUGACAUGCUGAAGAAUAUAUGUGAUCUCUUCAUUCCUUUAGACAGGCUGGGUAUAUAUCAGUCAAAUGCAGGAGUGGUGGGAUUUUGUGGUUUGAUAUCCUCAUUGAUUGGGAUUGUAACCCUCGCACAGCCCAAGUUAAGAAUCAAACCAUGAUAACGAGGGUGGAGAUAAAGCCUUACUGACUAACUUCAAAAAAAAGUUUAUCAAGACAGGUUUUUAAAAGGAUUUAGUGUCAUCUAUCUGGAGCUGUAAUGGUGGACUAAAGUCAAACUGGUGCACAAGAAGAUUAGGCAACACAUCACAGGCACAUCGUGUUGCAUUUAUGUUUAGAAUAGCAUGUUGUACACCAAACUCAAUCCAGCAAUAACUGAAGGGCUUUCUGGAAUAAUUGCAUUAGAUUGUUUUGUGACAGAUUGUUUGAUUAACUGAUUAUUGAAAUCAUACGUUAUACGCUUUUUAAAAUAGACACAACAAAUACUUUGAAUAGGGACCGAUUAAAGUUUAAAACACUGGACUCAAAUCAAGUUUAUAAAGUAGCCUUGCGUAUUUUUUGUAAUUUAACAGCCAAGGUUAAACCUCUGUGCAUUCCACACUUCUGAUGUAACACCGGCAGUUUUGUAACUAGCGUUCUUGCAAAGUAAGGGCUCUGUACUGAUGCAAGCUUUUGCACCAACCUUUAAGUCUUUCUCUGCUCUUUGUUUUGUGAUAAGAUGCUGCUGCUAAAAGUUUCAUCUCCAGUGAUUCAAGAGAUGAGUGGGUAGCAUCUCAGCCAAAAGUGCUUCCGGAGGGGGAAAGGCAGCGGAGACAUUUCAGGGGAUUAUCUCACCUGUGAUGCAUUUUUCAUGCUGCCAUUCAAGGCAUGGCUUAGACUUUGACUGUCAGCAGAUUAUAUAUAUGUUAACUUCAAAAUGUAACAAAAUGAUUGAGCACAAAAGAUGGGGAAAAAAAACUGUGAAUCAUGUUGGUGUUUUGAUGAGCAAAGACACCCUUGAUACUGUGUUUACAAUUAAAUUCUUAAUAUAUUGUCUAGGAAUUGUAAGCUUGUUAAUGGAUGUUUAUUGAUAUUUAUGACACAGACAAAACAAGUGUACAAGGAUAAACUGGAAACAUUCAACUAAAUAAUUUCAGAACUUCAGUCCUCAAAGCUGCAGAUUUAUUAUCACAUGUGAUAGUGUCAUACAUUUCACUAAAUGCUUUCACAAAAUGAUGUCACAGUUGAUUGAAAGGUUAAUAAAACACUUUAUAGGAAACAAA